GUUCAUGUCCAUGAGUUGGAGAAACAGUUGGAUUAAACAUUUCUAGUUUUAAACAUCAUUUCCCAGAAGACAUACUGCAAAAUUAUUCACUGAUAAUUGGGUUUCUGUACUGAACCAGGCAAAUUGGAAAAAUAGAUUCAAUGAAUUUUCAUUUCACAAAUUCCUGCCUUUAUAUAAAGAUUUUUUAUAUGAUUCCAAAAUAUUAUCCAAGUAGAAAAGACCACGCACAACGGCAACAAGCUAAUUUAAUUUCGCCCCCCGUGUCAUUAAUACUCAGUAUUACUACGGUAUUACGUGCUGAAGUGAUGACAGGCUGAGUGUCACAGAUGUGCAGCAGGAGGAGAAAGAAGGAACACGGAGCUCCAUGGCACAGUGAGAGACGCGCAUUCGGUGCGGACUGAGGAGAAGGAGGCGCGUCGCUCCUUUCUCCGUUUACACUGCACUUUGAAGAAGGAGUCACGAUGUAGAAUCAGACAAAGGAUGUUCACAACUCUUCACUGAACAUUUUUCUGUCCCUCCGUGACGCUGAGAGAAAGUCUGCUCCACCGGGCAGCCUCGGUUUGGCGCUCCGUGCGCGCGCGCUGCAGCCCACCGACCGAGCCCAGGAGGCAGGAGGAGAGGAGGAGAGCUGCUGCCAGCCUCCUCCUGCUGGACGAAGCUCCGUGAGCUUAUCUGCUCUCACUUCUUCACUGUCAUCAUUGAAACUCCACCGUUCUGUCGGGAUAAGGAGCUGGGACUGUGUUCGACUCCUCCACUUCCAUGGAUUCCAGUUCCUGUUGAAGGACUGAAGUGAGGAGGACUUAGACUUUGCUGCUUCACAAUGGCAACAGGAGUAGCAGCCUGGCUCCCUUUUGCUAGGGCAGCAGCCAUUGGCUGGAUGCCUGUUGCUAACUGCCCCAUGCCUGUUGCCCCAAGGGACAACAGUAAGAGACAGGAUGAGCUGAUCAUCCUUAAUGUCAGUGGCCGUCGUUUCCAGACUUGGAGGACCACUCUGGACCGCUACCCAGACACUCUUCUGGGCAGCUCUGAGAAGGACUUUUUUUACAACGAAGAAACCAAGGAGUACUUCUUUGACAGGGACCCUGAUGCCUUUAGAAGUAUCCUCAACUUCUACAGGACAGGAAAGCUCCACUACCCCCGCCAUGAGUGCAUCUCCGCCUACGACGAGGAGCUCAUCUUUUUCGGCAUCAUCCCUGAGAUCAUCGGUGACUGCUGCUACGAAGAGUACAAGGACAGAAAGAGGGAGAAUAUAGAGCGACUGCAAGAUGAUCAGGAGGAGAACAAGGACAUGAAGCUGCCCAACAUGAGCUUCAGAGAGACGGUAUGGCGCGCAUUUGAGAACCCCCACACCUCCACCAUGGCGCUGGUCUUCUACUACGUCACAGGGUUCUUCAUCGCCGUGUCAGUCAUCACCAAUGUAGUGGAGACAGUUCCAUGUGGGUCCACCACCAACCAGAAAGACAUGCCAUGUGGUGAACGCUACACCGUGGCUUUCUUCUGCAUGGACACCGCCUGCGUCAUGAUAUUCACAGUGGAGUACCUGCUGCGCUUGUUUGCUGCACCCAGCCGUUGCCGUUUCAUGCGCUCGGUGAUGAGCAUCAUCGACGUGAUGGCCAUCUUGCCAUACUACAUCGGCCUGGUGAUGACCAACAACGAAGACGUGAGCGGUGCCUUCGUGACACUGCGGGUGUUCCGAGUGUUUCGUAUCUUCAAGUUCUCCCGACACUCGCAGGGCCUCCGGAUCCUCGGUUAUACGCUGAAGAGCUGUGCGUCAGAGCUGGGCUUCCUCCUCUUCUCCCUCACCAUGGCCAUCAUCAUCUUUGCCACAGUCAUGUUCUAUGCAGAGAAGGGCUCCAGCUCCAGCAAGUUCACCAGCAUUCCAGCGUCUUUCUGGUACACCAUUGUUACCAUGACCACCCUGGGUUAUGGAGACAUGGUCCCAAAGACAAUUGCUGGGAAGAUCUUCGGCUCCAUCUGCUCCCUGAGUGGCGUGCUGGUGAUCGCCCUCCCUGUUCCUGUCAUUGUCUCCAACUUUAGCCGCAUCUACCACCAGAACCAACGGGCAGACAAACGCCGUGCUCAGAAGAAAGCCCGACUAGCCAGGAUAAGAAUAGCCAAGUCCAACAGCGCCAACGCUUUCAUCCAGACCAAACGCAACGGACUACUCAACGAACUGCUGGAACUGACGAUGGGUACAGAGGAAGAUGAGCAGAAGCUGACCAAAUCCACCUCACUGUUAGAGAGCCAACACCACCACCUACUGCACUGUCUGGAGAAAACCACUGCUCAUGAGUUCGUGGAUGAGCUGAUGUAUGAGAGGAACUGUUUGGAGACAGCCCUGCAGACGUUCUCCUCACGCAGUCCAUCCAUAUCCAGCCAUGACAGCUCGGUGACGACCUGUUGUGCCUGCAGAGCCAAGAAACACUCCUCACUGCCCAACACCAGCCUCACCCACCCCAUCGCAGCACAGCAGGGCCCCCUGCAGGAGCUUAGUGCUAUACACAUCCAGUGUGGUGACCCACCUUCACACACAGCCAGUCGUUCAAACCUCAAUCUGAAAAGUGACGACAGCUGCAGGAUCAAUUGCAAAAGCGGGCGAAUCACCACGGCCAUCAUUAGUCUCCCAGCACCUCCAGCACUGACGGACGGUGAUGGACUGCACGGGCCCCCGCAGAGGAGGCCGCCCCCCACCAUCCAGACAACGACAAGCUCAGCAGGCAGCAACAUUGUGAAAGUGUCUGCUCUGUGACAGACAUGCAGCUCCACAGGAUGAAACUCAGAGGAUGUGGAAGUGGAAGGUGAUCCUACCAUGACUUACAGUAGGAUGACCUCCCUGGACCAGGGUCACGGCCAGGAAGUCAUCAGCUGAUAUGAUGAAGACGUGACGUGAUGUAAUGUGGAGACUUUGCUGAGGUAGAUGGUUAUUGUACAUACGUGCACUGUGUGUCACGCGCUCAUUCUGUUGUGUUUGUACUGUGGAAUGUAUUGUGACCCAUCGCAUUCUCGAUCAAGAUUUUUUGUUAAAAAAAAAUAAUUAAAAAAAGCUGUAAAAACAUCAGCACAGGCUGCCACAAAAAUCUGCACAGACAGUGGUUCUCCAACUUUUCAUACUGCGUACCACCUCCUAAUGUGGUUCUCUAAGUACCAUCACUAAAAUGAUUAGACUAUUUAGGAGCUAAUGCUACACAUGUUACGGAAAUUCAAAUCUUAGCGCACAAACACGCAGAGCGGAAAUGAGAUUGUACUACAACAGCUGUAUUUAAAAACCAAGCAACCCCCCUCAUCUAACUGCCAAUCAGAUUCCCCCCACAUACCACUAGAGGGUGCCCACUAAUGGCACAAGGCCAUAGUUUGAGAACCACUGGGCUAAUUAAAAACACGCAAAACUGUUUUCAAAAAGAACCUUUUGAUGACGUGAAUGUGUAAACAGAAAGAGAACUUUUUUUUUCUUCAAUUUUAUUGGUCGUGACGGUGAAGUGCAUAUUUUAAGCAUUUAAAAAUAAAAACAGGCAGACACAUCAUCCACGACUCCCCCGUCAGGGACUUGUGAUUUUAUUGUUCAUCUGUUCAACAUGUCAUCGAAACUGAAAAGAGACUGUCAGGUUUUUUUUGGAGCUUAGAAUGUUUUUUGUUUUUUUUCAGAUAUUUGAAACUGAAUGUGAUUAAAUGUUCAGUGAAUGCAGCGAAUGUUUUCUAGUUAAUAUUAUUUGGUGGAGAAACUUAAAUUUCAGAGAGCAAAGAAAAAGUGAAAAGAAAUCCUGUAGUUUCAGUGACAUAACUAUAAUCUACAUGUUCAGGAUCAGGCCAAAUGUAUUUCUCUCCAAUAAAUACUUUAUACAACAUGUGUUUCAAAUGCACAGCUGGGCUAUAAAUCAUUAAUUCCUUAUUGAUUUAGAUUGUGAUGUGCAAUAAUAUGCAGGUUAAAGACAAAAUUGCAAAAGUACUACUGUGAAACCACACGACGUGAAAUGAGCCAAACUAGUUUUGGGGGAAAUCUUCCACUCCUGAAGAAAGAACACUGUGCUGUUUUAUGUUGAUGAUCAAAGCUGUUAUUUCCCAUGGUGCCUAGAGUGCGUUACAUCAGUUUGAACUAUUUUGUGUCCUGAAUAUUCUCAGCGCUUCUAAAACAACUGAGAAAACAAGUCACCAAUGACUACCAGGGCUGUAUAAAGAGACAUUUCUUAACUUUGUUUUAAAGUUAGCUACAAAUAGUUCACAUUGACCCAGACCCCAAAGGUCAAUAUCCAGUUAAAGGUCACAGUUUCUGCUAGUUUUAUUUAUUUUUCCAACUCGGCCAUUCCUCACACCAGCUUCAAAAUUGGUUCUGACAUUUGUGAUUAAAACAAUAAUUCCAAUAAUCACCAAUGGUUUUGUAGAAUUAGUUCAAAUGGAUUCACUUCUCCAUUAGGAUUAAAGACAGUCUCAGUAAGCCCACACAGAAACUGCAAAAACAACUAAACCAAACAACCACAUCCUGAAGGGGACAUCUUAUGCAGCUCCUAUGGCAAUAAAUGUGUUUUCAUAUAAUGUUUUAACAUGUUUAAGUCUAAAAAAACCCACACGAUUACGCACAGUUAGGAUUUUAACUCAGCUUAAAUAUAUUAAAAUAUACACGCAAUGUCACCUAGAAGAAUUCAAAAACGGAACAAGUCUCAUUGUACAAUUUAAAAUGCAGAUUAUUAAAAAAUUCAGCCCAAAACAGUAACGUAGCAUCAGAAAAUAAACAAACGGACUAAAUGGAUCUGAUGAUGUUAGUGAGUCUGAUAACAGUCAGCGUUCAGAACUGGGGAUGGAGACGUGUGUGUCCACUCCACGACAGAGUCAUUUUGUAUAAUAUGUCUCCUUUAAGAUCAACAAAGUUCCUAACCACACUAAAAAAAACUGUGACUUUCUUACCACAACUAAAAAUGGACUUCAGCUGUGACAUUAAAGCUUUUUGUUUUUGUUUUUUGGUGGACCUGAGAACGACGGCUGAUUCAACAGGAUCUGUUUUAUGUUCUUAACAUUUAUGUUCCUUCCUGCUGCAGUGUUGUUCAGUGAUUGUUUGUGACUUCUUCCUCCUCACUGUGCUAUGGUGUGUUGCAGUGUCAAAAAAAAAACUGUUGUUUUUUUUUUGUUCUUUGCUUUAAUAAAAGAUUAACCUUCAAAUGUGUUUCAGUCCUGAUGACGCUCUAUUCCUUCCUGCUGUACUUGUGAGCUUUCUGUUGGCCUCUUAUUUCUGUGUUUGUUGCUGUUCUGAAAUGAAGGUGAAAGUGUUUGUGUCCAAACGGUCACUUUUCUAUCAUUUCUUCUUUGCUGCUAUCUGAAAAUCGCAACAAGGACGAACCCUUUAGAUAUGUUUUCCUCUCUCUCCACUGGCUCAGCUGACAAUGAUGGACAUCUGGACACUCAUGCACACAGAAGACAUUUGUGCGAUGGCUCGGGUCAGACGGGGUUUUGUCUGACGUGGUGAUGACUUCAUGUAAAAAGUGUUCAUGUUAAAAACGGACUGUGGAGUUCACUGUGGGAGGCCAUUGUUCUAGAAGAAUCCCGCCAUUAAUGUUUCCAUUCUUUUUAUCCUUCUGGGCGGAGCUUUGUUUUUGUCUGUGUUUACAGUACACUGUCAGUUUGACUUUAACAACUAUGAAGUGAAAUUAAAACAUGUCACAGAAAAUCA